AUGAAGAGAAAUGUACACUUAGGAAAGACAAGAAAAUCAAAACCAGGAGAAGGGUUAUAUCCUGCACCAGCAUCAAAACCUUCUUUAACACCUUAUAGUAACAACAGCGACAGUAUGUUUUAUGAACCUUACGCAGAAUCUGUCUCCGACUCGGGCAGGUUGUCUCACCACCAAUACAAGAACGAAUCCUAUGAACCGAUUGAUAUGUACAGAAGACCCCGCAAACACAACCAUACAUUACAGGAACAACAGCUGAUGUAUCAUAAUGCACCAUAUCAUAAUCACAAUCAUCCGUGUUCAAACCUGCCACCUCAUAUCAUUCCCUUACAGUCUACUCCUGCGACUGAAUCUCUCGCCAGCGAGUCUACGGAUGGCAGUCGAAUUUUCAUCAUCAGGAAGGCCGCGGGGCCUCAGGCUCAUAACGUGGAAUAUAGUAACGAGGCUGCAGUAUAUGGGGAUCAUCAGCAUCCCCAAUAUCAGCAUUACGACAGACCUCGUAAAAUCGUACCUACCUCUCUUUCGCAGGUUGGUGGCAAAACUCGUCCACAUGUGACCGUGCUGACCCCACGGUAUAUACCGAAGUUCCGGGACAGAAAACCGCCGUUCAUCAGCAUGCCGCUGGCAACCAGACCCGAACCUAAACACAGCCGACAUUAUUUUUACAAGACUGUUCCCAAAGAGGGGUACGUUCAAAGACCAACAGGCUACACGCCGCGGGUAUCGCGUAUGAACGUCCUAGACAGUGACAAAGCUUCCCUCUGCCAGAAUUUGGUGGCAAAACGCUCUGCAAUGAAUUUGAAUCCUAGCAUGAUUCCAAUUUCCAGGAACGCUCACUCGAAACAAUCUAUCAUGUUAAUGCAAGCUCUUCAACAUCAACUACAACUCACCAAUAAUCAGAGCAUUCACACACUCGGUUCACAAACCGACCAGAACACCCAAACCACAUUUCCAUACCCGGAUGAUGACGAAAUCUUGGCGCAAAUUCAGCAGCAGGAAGAGCAGCAAAUGAAUUGUGCAAGCCCAGUCAAUUGCAAAAAGACUAUGGUUUAUGUGGAUAAUGAUGAACUGAAGAGUGGUCUGAGUAGCAAUAAUGAAACAAUUACUGAGAUGGGCGAUUUCGAGUUUGAUAUGGAACAGAGCUGUGAUGACGCGUCAAGCCAAGGGCCAACUGCAAUUCGUGUUGGCAGAUUCGCCGACUUGUUUCUUAAGUCUGAAACUGAAACUUCUAUCAAGAACACUAAAUCGCAGCAUGGAAAAAGAAGCGCACCAGAUGAUGCUACAUCUUGUACCUCUCAACGUAAAUUAAAGAAAAAGCGUUCUCUGUUAAUACAACCUCAAACAAGUAAGACGUCUAGUUCUAAACUUGAUAGCAAAACUUCGAAAACCAAAAAUGAACCUUUACCAUCACCCAGCUUGGAUUUGAGCACAGCUAAAACUGCAAACAAUGAAAAUGAGGUUGUUGGCCUGUACCGAUCGGCGCUUCUUACGCCACUCAGUUUUAGAUCAUCUAAGAUCCCACCGAUAGAAGCGACAUCUCAUCUUAUGCGUGGAAGGGCCGGCCAACUAUUUCCUAUAUCUUAUAUGCCAGCAACCUUUGGAUACAACGCGGCUUACUCUAAUUCUUUGGCCAAUUCCGUUGCUAAUGGUGGUGAUAGUCCUGGUUCGCCCGACCAACCGGCCAGGCCUGAUGACGACGUCUGCAGCAUUUCAGGAAAGACUACGCCGCGGGAAAGUGCCAUUCUUGAGACCGUACUGAGUAGUAUUGAUGCAUUGAAUAUCUCCGGAAGGGAAAGAACCAUGCUCAAUGAUAUAAUUGCAGAGGUAACUAGGCCUCCAUCAUGCCCGAUCAACGGUCCCAGCUGCAAAUGCCUUAAACCUAAAGAAAAGCCUGUAAGCCCAGAACCGACCAAGUUAGAAGCUACAGACAAGAAGCCUCUUAUUAGCCAAAGUGCUGGUCAAUUACCAACGACAAAAGGCUAUCAGCAUACUACCAGUUCAGGCCUUGGUUUUGUUGAUUCACGUACACGUUCCCCUAAAGAGGCAAUGCAAGAAGCCCGACUCAAGAUUCCAAGCGUCGCCAAACUCGAGCUGGAAAGAUCAAAAAGCAUAGUGAUUGGUCUGAUUGAUCAAGAAAUGAACAAAACUAAAAGCGGAACCGUCCAGAUAGACGCCGCCGACGCAAUAGCCUACGUCCAGCGUUCCACUGGAUCAGCCAAGGAGAUGGUAAUCACGGAAGCUGUGACAGAUACCCUGAUCAAGUUACCUCAGGGUCAAACAACCAGCGAAAGUACAACCACUACAAGCUCCAGUGAAUCACCGGCCUCGCUAGAACAACAGCGUGGAAAGUUGACCAAAUUGGUUAAGUUGAUGAGAAGAAAUCGGCUUAGACACAUCCAAAGCGAACUGAAGCAGCUGGAGGAGUUGGAUGAGUCUAUAGAUUUGUAA